UUCUUCCCUUUCUCUGCGGUGCGGUGAAGUCAACCACCACCUUCCCGGCGUCUGGCGUCAUUUCUACACUUAUCACUUGCCCGGCACUCUGGUCCCCUCUGACGCAUUUCUACACCUCCUCGGCCUGUCCGUCUCGGCCUCCCCGGCCGAGAUCGCGGCGCUGACGCAACGACGGCGGGAGGGAUCCCCGUGGCCCGGCACCGCGGCGGCGGCGGCGGAGUAUCGAAUCUUCUUGUACAGUGACAUUGUGGCUCUGUAAGGCCUGAAGCAUUUUAGCCAGAAAACAUCUUGUUUCUUCUGCAUACGGUUGUGUGCACUGAAGCUAAAACAGCAGCUUGAUUGAUGUCUUUAUAAGUUCUGCAACGGUAAUGGCAACUAAUGGAUCCCUAGAUGAGGGGAAAGAAGAUAAUGCAGGCCAACAAACAGUGGUUGACGAGGAUGAUUUUGUCGUCGAGGAGAUUGGAACCGAUUCUGAGGAGCAAGACGCAGAGAAAGACAGGGAAAUCAAGGAGCCCAAGAAGGGAAUGAUAUUUGCUAGUGAGAAUGAUGCAGUUGCAUUCUAUAAGAGAUAUGCUCGGAAGAAGGGAUUCACUAUAACAAGGAGAAGCUCCAAAACUGAAGAUCGAAAAUUGCGAUACUUCACCCUCGCUUGCAGCAGACAAGGCAAGGCUCAGUACACCUGAAAAAAUAAAUUACAGCCUAAUCCCUCCAUGAAGGUGCAAUGUCCAGCUAAAAUAAAAUUUUCACUUCAUGAUCCUGACAACAAAUUCCGCUUAACUUCGCUUACACUUGUGCACAAUCAUGAUCUAAGUCCAAACAAAACUAGGACUAUUGUAUGUCAAAAGAAACCUGACUUAUCUGCUAAAAGAAGACGGCAAGCGUCAAAUGGUAGAUCAGAGGUUCGUGCAAACAAGAAGAUCAGUUCUACUCGCGUGCAAGCUGGAGGCUAUGAGAAUCACCAAUUUGGUGAAAAUGAGUGCACAAACAAUUCUGAAGAGGAUAGAAGGCUGAAGCUUGGUGUCAGAGAUGCACAUGUGCUAUACCGAUACUUCUUCCGCUUGCAGUCCAAGAAUCCUAAUUUUUUCUAUGUCAUGGACUUCGAUGAAGACUCACGGUUGCAAAAUGUUUUCUGGGCAGAUGCAAGAAGUAGGGCUGCAUGUGAAUCUAUCUCAAAUGUUGUGAAAUUCGACUCUACAUACCUAACAAACAAGUAUGAAAUACCUUUUGCUUCCUUCAUUGGUGUAAAUCGCCAAGCCUCUCACGUUGCUAACGGUCAGUCGAGCACGGUCUCACUGAGCUGGCCCGGAUUCGAGGCUUGACAUCCUCUUAAUGAAAUCUGAGGAGGACGUCCUCCCCCUCGGUGCUCAUUUUGUAAAUCAUCAUGGUGAGUCAAUUAUUUUGGGAUGCGGCCUACUGUCAAAUGAGGACACUGAGAAUUUUGUAUGGUUGUUCAAAUCCUGGUUAGCUUGCAUGUCAAACAAACCACCAAAAGGCAUAAUUACUGAUCAGUGCAAAGGAAUGCAGGAUGCUGUUGAGGAAUUUUUUCCUGAAUCUUGCCAUAGAUGGUGUUUGUGGAAUAUCAUGAAGAAGAUUCCAAAAAAACUCUGGAUUUUCAGAACUCAAAAAUAUCAAAAUCGCUUUGUCAAAUGUGGUGUAUGAAUCAUUGACAAAAAGUGAUUUUGAAAAGGUUGGAUAGAGAUGAUUCGCAAGUUUUGCCUUUAGAACAAUGAAUGGCUCACUGAGUUAUACUGUAAUAGGCAGAAAUGGGUGCCGGGUUAUACGAAAGAUACCUUUUGGGCUGGCAUGGCUAGCACAAAAGAGUGCAAAAGUGUCCAUUCUUUCUUUGAUGGAUAUGUCAGUUCUGAAACUACAUUAAACCAGUUUUUGGAGCAAUACAACAAUGCAUUAAGAGACAUGAUUGAGAAGGAAAAUAUUGCUGAUUGUAAGUCUUUACAAGAAGUGGCACCUUGCAUCACUCAUUACGAUAUUGAGAAGCAGUUCCAGUUAGUGUAUACAAACAAAAAGUUUGAAGAAUUUCAGGAGCAGCUGAAAGGUAAAAUCUAUUGUUAUCCAAGUCUUCUGAGACAAGAAGGUUCAAUUUGUAUAUUCAAGGUUGUGCAAGAUGUUAAAUUGGGGAGCAACAGCUUAGUUUGGACUUUACUGUCUGGUUUAAUGGAGAUGGAUGUGAUGUGAGAUGCAUGUGCCAUCAUUUUGAAUUUCGAGGGAUCUUGUGUAGCCACAUUAUAUCUGUACUUGCUCUAAUGAAGGUCAAAGAAGUGCCCUCCAAAAUCCAAAUAUGUGUUGCAGAGGUGGAGAAAGGAUUUGAAGCGUGCCCACACUUCUAUUGUAUGCUUGUAUGAUGAUAUGGUCAAUACACCUGUUGCACGGCGUUUUGAUGAGUUAUGCAAAUCCUUCUAUGAAGUGGCAGAGAAGGCAGCAACAUCUGAUGAAUUGUUCAACUUGGUGAUGGAUGGCCUUCGAGAGUUGAAACUAAAGGUCGAAGCGCAGCAUGCUAUCCAUGAUAUUUGGAAAGCUAAUCCUGCAGAGCAACAAGAUGUGGGCAUGUGAUGAGGGAGCUCCUUUCUUCUGACAUGAACAGCUGAAAUUCUUUCAAUGGUUCCCAUGUAAGAUCCCCUCCAUUUGCCGGGUUUGGAAUCUCGAUUCCAGGGGGAAGUCACGAUGAGGCCCCUGUGCUACGUGACUUUCUUGGCCAUUUUGUCUAUCAAGAUACAUUUUUGUGCAUCAGUACGCCUCCUAGCUGAAAAUCCGGUGGUGGUUCCAAAUGGUCAGCCAGCUGGUGCACUGGCACCGGUUCCUCCUGCCGGACUGCCGGCGAACGUACCGGCUAACAUUCUGGCCAACCUGCCCGCCAAUGUUCCACCGGAAAUGGUAGCCAACGUCCCACCGGAGAUGCUGUCCAAGCUUCCCGCCAACAUCCCGCCGGAGAUGCUGUCCAAGCUGCCCGCCAACAUUCCACCGGAGACGCUGGCCAACAUCCCACCGGAGACGCUGGCCAACAUCCAGGCGUCGCAGGGCCAGCUGCCGACCAACAUACCACCGGAGGUUCUGGCCAACCUACCGGCGAUGCAGGGCCAGCUACCGGCAAACGUCCCACCGGAGGUGCUGGCCGGCCUCGCCGCGGCGGCGAAACAACCGGGGCAGCCUGGGGCCGAGAACGCCGCGUCGGGUGUCCCACCGGAGGUGCUAGCCGGCCUCGCCGCGGCGGCGAAACAACCGGCCCAGCCCGGGGCCCAGAACGCAGCGUCCUGUCUCCCCGCCGGUAUUCCACAAAUCCCAAAGAUGCCGGAUUUCUCUGGGUUGGCGGACAUAUCAUUCCCUCCAAUGCCGUCGGGGCCGAAGAUGCCGGAGAUGCCUCGCAACAUCACGCUGUUCGGCUACGAGGUUCCGAUCCCCAAGUUCAUCAGCAAGAUGGUCGAUAGCCAAAACUGAGGCGGUGAAGCCAAGCUAGCUCAGCGUCGACGGCACCAUCAUCGAUUAAAAUUUUGGUGAAAUUUCAUAAAUUUUGGAGGAGAACGAAAUAUCUAAUUAUGUUUUUUUCACUGACAUGAGACUUAUGGAGCAGAGGAUGAGAAAUGACUGAAAUUUUACAAAUUUCGCCGAUAAAUGAAAAAAUUGUAAAACAAAAUUAAAAUCCCUGGACGACACCAAGGGUAUCUGCAGAUUGACUGAAUUUUCACUAUGUCGCCAAUGUGCUUGAUUUUGCUCAUCAUUUUGCCGAUAUUUUGGUUUGGGUGCAAUCUGGCAGGAAAACUGUAAUCUGAUGGACUAUACUCUUGCCAUGUAUAUUUCUCAUUACUCAU